GGUUCAUAAGGCUAGGGCGGCGGAGCCCGGGCGGCAGCCACGGUGCUGGGACCAGGAGCAGGGACCGAGAGCCCCGGGAACACACAGGUGCCCGAGAGUCAUUCGAGCGCUUUGAAGGAUAAAAUAACACCUUUGAGUUUUUCACCUGUGAACACAAUAGCGCUGAGACACUCUGAAAGCAAAGAGGAGGAGACCGAUCAGUCACCCCAAGAGACACUAAAAGUUGAAAGUUUUGCUUUUUCUUCCCCUAUUUGAUUUUUGCCCCGUGUGUCACUACUAUGGUCAGAAAGCCCGUGGUGGCCACCAUCUCCAAAGGAGGCUACCUGCAGGGAAAUGGGAAGGGGGCGCUGCCCUCCGCGGGGGGCAGCGAGCCCCCGGAGCCGGAGAAAGUGGUGCUGAAGAAGAAGAUCACCUUGCUGAGGGGCAUCUCCAUCAUCACGGGCACCAUCAUCGGAGCCGGGAUCUUCAUCUCCCCCAAGGGCGUGCUGCAGAACACAGGCAGCGUGGGACUGUCGCUCGUCAUCUGGACCGCCUGUGGGGUCCUGUCCCUUUUUGGAGCCUUGUCCUAUGCUGAAUUGGGAACAAGCAUAAAGAAAUCUGGAGGUCAUUAUACAUAUAUUCUGGAAGUGUUUGGCCCAUUACUAGCUUUUGUGCGAGUCUGGGUGGAACUGCUCAUAAUACGCCCUGCAGCUACAGCUGUGAUAUCCCUGGCAUUUGGACGCUACAUCCUGGAACCGUUUUUUAUUCAGUGUGAAAUUCCUGAACUGGCAAUCAAGCUCAUUACAGCUGUGGGUAUAACUGUGGUGAUGGUUCUAAAUAGCAUGAGUGUCAGCUGGAGUGCCCGGAUCCAGAUUUUCCUAACCUUUUGCAAGCUCACAGCAAUUCUGAUAAUUAUAGUCCCUGGAGUUAUACAGCUAAUUAAAGGGCAAACCCAACACUUUAAAGAUGCCUUUUCAGGAAGAGAUGCCAGUAUUAUGGGAUUGCCCCUGGCUUUUUAUUACGGAAUGUAUGCCUAUGCUGGCUGGUUUUACCUCAAUUUUGUUACUGAAGAAGUAGACAACCCUGAAAAAACCAUCCCCCUUGCUAUAUGUAUAUCCAUGGUCAUCGUCACUGUUGGCUACGUGCUAACCAAUGUGGCCUACUUUACCACCAUUAGCGCUGAUGAACUGUUGCUUUCCAAUGCAGUGGCAGUGACCUUUUCUGAGCGGCUCCUGGGAAAUUUCUCAUUAGCAGUUCCCAUCUUCGUUGCCCUCUCCUGCUUCGGCUCUAUGAAUGGGGGUGUGUUUGCUGUCUCCAGGUUAUUCUAUGUUGCAUCUCGAGAGGGUCACCUUCCAGAAAUCCUCUCCAUGAUUCAUGUCCGCAAGCACACUCCUCUGCCAGCUGUUAUUGUUUUGCACCCUUUGACAAUGAUAAUGCUCUUCUCUGGAGACCUCUACAGUCUUUUGAAUUUCCUCAGUUUUGCCAGGUGGCUUUUUAUCGGGCUGGCAGUUGCGGGACUGAUUUAUCUUCGAUACAAACGCCCAGAUAUGCACCGUCCUUUCAAGGUGCCGCUCUUCAUCCCGGCCCUCUUCUCCUUCACGUGCCUCUUCAUGGUUGCGCUUUCCCUCUAUUCGGACCCAUUCAGUACUGGAAUCGGCUUCCUCAUCACUCUGACCGGGGUGCCUGCGUAUUACCUCUUUAUCAUAUGGGAUAAGAAACCCAGGUGGUUUAGAAGAAUGUCAGAUAGAAUAACCAGAACAUUGCAGAUAAUACUGGAAGUUGUACCAGAAGAAGAUUGUCGCAAAUUAUGAACUAAUGCAGUGAAAUCCUGACACUCUUCCCAAGGGAGAGAUGCAAUAUGGAUCUCUAAUUCAUUUCCUGAAAAUCUGGAGUAUUGCAACUUUGGUGAUGGACUAAAGGAAUCAUUUGUUUUUAUUCAUAGCUCAUGUAUUAAAACUGAUUUCUGAGAAAUUUAGUUAAAACUCUAUGUAGUUGUAGAAAACUAAUAUGCAAAUUGCAUCAUGAGUUCACAUAAUUCUUGAGUCUCUGAAAGCUAGCUACUAGUAGGGAUUAGGGAAAAAGACUAAAGGAAUAGACAAUUAAUAUAGUGGUCAUUCUCUAUAACGUAUGUAUCAUGACUGAGAACUUUUACAUUGAUGACUGAGAUGUUUUCUGUACAUAGGGGUUUUGUAAACAUGGUUUUACAUACUGUAGAUGACUAUACUGUGAAGACGUUUUCUAUUGUUCUGAGUAAAAAGAAUAUAUGUUAUUGUUGUGGCAAAGAGGACAGAAAUUGUAUAUUGGCAUUGCAUUGCUUCCCUUAGAUAUCAACUUGGAUAUCACUCAUCCUUUCUUGGAUUAUAUACCCAGAGCACUUGAACAAAAGAUGAGGGGGAAUGUACAAAUUUUCUUGAACAUAUUAAAGAACAGCUUCUAAGAGCUGUUGUUUCUGAGGCAAAUCCAAGAAUUGUGUUUGAAUAAAAAUCCUUGAGAAUUUA